AUGCACUAUCUUCUACAUAUUGCAGAUUCAAUCAAGCAACUUGGGCCCCUACCUGGUUAUUGGGCCUUCCCAACGGAGCAAUACUGUAGCUUCAUUGGAGCUUCAGUAAAAAGCCAACAAUUUCCUUACGCUAAUAUUGCUUGCCACGUUUGUGAUGUAGCUCAACUUUGCAUCAUUUGCAAAAUAUAUGGCUUGCGCAAGGAGAUCUCAUUUGGACAGACCCAAGCAGAGACUGAGGACAACUCAGAGAAGGAAAAACAGAUUGCGCAUAGAUUUCAAGACUACAACAACCAAUUACUCUUAACACCCCAAGCCAAGAGGCUUACUGUAACCCCCAAGUUGCGCUCCCAAAUUGCCAAGCAUUUGGCAACUACCUAUGGGGUGCAGGUUAGCAAGAAGCUUGCUACAGAGCUCAUUCCCAAUUCCUUACAGCAAUGGGGCCAAAUGCGCAUAAAAGAUGGGGGCAAUCUAAUUCAAGCUUGA